GGAGCGGGGCGGAGCCGCAGUCCGGCUCGGGCGGGCAGUGUGCGCGGAGCUGCCGUGAUCGCCGGGAUGGCCACGGACGAGCUGGCCUCGAAGCUGCAGCGGCGCCUGGACAUCGAGGACGGGCCGGGGGAGGCGGAGCCCGGGCCGGAGCAGGUGACGGCGGCGGCAGCGGCGGAGGAGAAGCCGCCCACCGCGGCGGCGGACAAUGAGCUGUCGGCCAAGCUGGCCCGCCGCGGGGAGCUGAACGAGGGGUCGGCGGAGCCGCAGCAGCGCAGCCUCCGGGUCUUCAACCCGUACACCGAGUUCAAGGAGUUCUCCCGCAAGCAGAUCCGAGACAUGGAGGGCAUGUUCCGGCGGUACGAUGCUGGGAAGGACGGUUUCAUCGACCUGAUGGAGUUGAAACUGAUGAUGGAGAAGCUUGAGGCUCCUCAGACACAUCUUGGGUUGAAGAACAUGAUCAAGGAGGUUGAUGAGGACUUUGACGGAAAGCUCAGCUUCCGGGAGUUCUUGCUAAUUUUCCGUAAGGCGGCUGCAGGAGAGUUGGCUGAAGACAGUGGUUUGCAUGCUCUUGCCCAGUUGUCUGAAAUCGAUGUCGCAACAGAGGGUGUGAAAGGGGCCAGAACCUUCUUUGAAGCCAAACUUCAGGCAAUCAAUGAUGCAAACAGAUUUGAGCAGGAGAUCAAGGAGGAGCAGGAGGAAAAGAAGAAACAGGCAGAGGAGAAGAAACAGAAGAGAGCAGCCUUCAAGGAGCUGCAGUCAGCAUUCAAGUAAAGUCAGCCUUCUGCCUAAACUGCUUGGCCCCUGGGUGCAGGAGGUCUGAGGAUCUGGCUUAUCAUCUUGGCCCAGGUGAAGGACUGCCUUUCAUUUUAAAGAAUAGGUUGGGUAAGGGGAGGGGUGAGGAUGGGAUACACCUGAGAUAAUGCUGCCCACACUGUCCAGUUUGGAUAGGUGGAACUGCCUCUUUCACUUCCAGGCAUGUCCUCAGCCUGUGAUUUCAACACCAGACUUUGCCUCUUGUGACAAUAGAAGCCUUUGGGAAUGAGCAGGGUAGGUGAGGGAGGAGAUGGUUGAUGUUGUUCAUGCAUUUUGUUUCUUUUAUAUAUAUAUUAUAUUUCAUUAUUUGAGAUCUUGUCCCAUUGCUUUUAUUCCUGGUCCAUGGCUCUGAAAGCAAAGUUCCUAUGAUGGGGCUACGGCAGGGUAUGGGGGAAUGGAACACCUGUGGAUGAAGCUUCUGGUGCACAGUUGGCAUUUUAAGAGGGACCUUGGCCUUAUUGGGGUGUGGCAGUUUGUCCAACAGAGACCCUUUUCCUUCGAUAGCUGGACAAAGCAGUCAGACUGAGUCCAGUUCACACCGUAAGCUGAAGUGCCAUCUAAAGUGGUAGGGAGGGAAGUUCCCACUGUCUCUUUUCUGACAACGUGGACAUUGUAAAGGAAAAAGCUCAAUUGGAAUUGUUGCCUCCUCCCAGAAUGGAAUUUCCUCAAUUAGCACAUGGUUGUUUGUUACUUUAAAGUCGUGGCCAUGAGUUUAAGGCUGUGUUUAAUUGAGCACCUCAUGCAAAACAAAUAGGUGGGUAGGAAAAGAAGGCAAGUAUAAACAAUUGGUAGCAUUCAGCUUUUUGAAGAGUCUUUUUUAAAUGAUGACUUUUUUUUAAAACAUCCAUUCAAAGAUGUACUAUUGGAACAGCACAAGGGUUUCUUCCUCCUCAGUCAACUGGGGCAGCCUUUUUUCUGUUGUGCUUUAAGAUGGCAUUCCCUUUAUCCCCGAUUUUCAUUCUGUCCAAUAGGUUGAAUAUCCUGCUAUUUUUGCGCCAAGCUCCCCUGUGAAUAUUUCUUGUGCUUGCUCCUAACGUGAAUGUCUUAAUUGCAUCUGUGUUCUACUAUCUUCUGUGCACACUUGAUGCAAUACAUUCCUGCCCUAAUAAUCUCAGAGCAAGUAGCUGUCGUACUUUAAAUUGUCCAUACCAACAUUUUCUGACAUCUAAUAGUCAGAAAUUGGUAGCAUAUUUACACAUUAAAUGAUCUUGUUUACUGUAGAGUUAGAUAACAUUGAUUGAACAUAUCAUUCUUCGGUUCCAGCAAGUUUGUGAAGGCCAAUUCACUUGUGCUGACCUGCACAAGAUGCUUUAUAGCCACCUCGGCUGGACUGCCCAAGUGACAUAGCCAUACUCUACUUCCUUCAGACUCCCAACUGUGGGAGAGGUGCCAUAAGCAGUUAAUCAACCCAUGUGUCUGACUGUAUUUACAAUUAUUCCAGAGUUACAGCCCUGCAGAUAUCUUUCCCUUGAGGAGGAGAAGGUGGGCAAACCUUAAUGCAAGGAUUAGUUGUGUGCAUCUUCCCAUGUAUAUUGUACAGAUGUUCUCAGCUGCUGGGCAGGGGCUUGCAUUUCAUUGGGGGGGAAGCAGUGGGUGAAGAUUUCUACACUAUGGUUCUGAGUUAUAACUGACCCCCUAAAAUAGAUUUGUAUUGCAAUACACUGUUAGUCAGGGCAGCUUGUCGUCUGUAUCAAGUCUUCCUUCAAGUUCUGAGCAACAUUGGAACCAUUUCAGUUCUUCCACUACCCUCAUCCAUGCAGCAUGCAAAAUCUGAUCUGUUUUGAGAACUGAGCGAACACAGUGUUAAAGUGUCAUCAAGCUUUCAGGCUUCUUUUCCUGAUGACCUCCCUGUGCUCUAGCAGCUGGACCAAGAAGAAGGAACAGUGCUCAGUAUUGGGUUCCCAACUACCUGCCUUCAACUUGUGAGCAGCAGCUCCCAUCAAGUUGUUUAUUGAAUUAGAAAGAGGCCCAUUGGCUGUACACACAGUCCCUUGAGAGGGUGCAAUCCAGUUGUUGUUGUGAAUCACAAAGGUGUUCCAAUCAAUUUGUUGCAAAACUCCUGCAAGUGUUAAAAAAACAAUAGAAGUGCCUUUUAUGAAGAAAUGUAUGCUUAUGUAUGAAGAAAUGGGCCAGGAAAGUUUGCAAAAAAAAACAUCGCAAAGAGGGUAAAUAGUCUCAAAUUAAACUCUGAACUGACCAACUGACCAAGAAAUAUUCAAGUAGUGAUCGAGACUGCUGCCAGAAAAACAUUUACUGUUCAAUAUUCCCAGUUACCUCCAGCCUGGAAUUCAGAAUACUGAGCACCCAAUGAAUGGAAUAUCCUUGAAACAACUCAUUGCAAACCUCUGUUUGCUCAGGGCACAUUUUUGAAAUACUUUGUUUGUGAACCAGCUCAGGGAAGCUGUCACCCACGUACCAGGGAAGCAUAUGAAACAAAAUGGAUACAGAUGCUGGCAAUCUGAAGCAAAACUUCUGGACCUUUGUAGUAGGUUCAAGAGCUUCUGCAAUAAGUAAUAACAUUUGGGUAUAACCCUUUGUCAGAACAAGGUUUACACUCAAAAUAUUAAACAAUGGUGCUCCCUGGCCAUCUGGUUUGUUCCCUAGUCUACAACUGGCUGAUGUCACUUGCACUGUUGGUGGUGAUACUGUCUUGGUUACAGUACCACUGGCCAGGAGAAGAAUAUCAAGGUUCUUGCUCCUGAACAUUAGCCAAUAAUCCUUGCUGCACAUGAGUUCAACUAUGAUUCUUCCAUUGUUUAGCUGAGUAGUGGAAGAGGGGUGUAUUGUGACCCCUGGGUGUUAGGGCUGUUGGUUCAACAGCAUGAACUAAUGGUUAUAACGCCCAUCUCUGUGGGGGCUUAAACAAUUGGGACUGGUUUACAACCCACAGUGUUUUAUUUAAACAGCUCUCACAUUCCAUUGCAUGGCUAAUCUUGGGCUGAAUGCAUCUUUUCCCUGUCUGUUGAUUGUGUUGUUAAAACUGUUGUGUCAAACACUGUUGUGCCAAAUACUUGUUCCUGUGAUGUCUGUUCUAGUUUUGAAGGCACUGAAUUAGCUAUGCAUCCACUGUUGAGGAUGUCAGCUUUAGGCUGGAGUCAUAGGUGAGGGAUUUGUUUAGCUUGGACUUUACAUAAUGCUGAGGCCAUUAUUUGGUACAUUGUGUAUACUGAAAAAUAACCUAUUUUCUAUAACUGAUGUUGCUGUCUGAAGCUUCAAUUGAGGAAAUAAGUUGUGCGAAAGAAAUUAUUUUUGAUUUUCUUACAAAAAAUAAAUCUAAUUAUACGUAUGUUCUAAUAAAUGCAUCUUAAAUUUU